AUUAUUGAACCAAAAGCAUUUGGACAGAAAGAGGAUGCAAUUCCUCUACAUGGUGAAGACAGCGACUUGAUGAGCGACAUGACAGUCAGUAUGUCGGACAAUGCUGGAAUAACGUCAAGACCUUCUCUACCUCCGAUCUCCUCUUUCACAUCACCGUGUGGUUUUGAAGGAAUCCAUAAAAGGUAAUCAAGGUUGGCUUCUAAACUGUUCUUCCUAGAGAUCCAGUAAGGUACAUACUUUAUUGUUCAGUGUUACUACAGCUGGAAACCUAAACUAACUUUAUUUAUACUGGAUAGCUCUAUCAGUUCUAAACUGUUCUCCCUAGAGAUCCAGUAAGAAUCAUUUCUUAUUGAUCCAGUGUUACUACAGGAGGAAACCUAAACUAAACUAACAUUUAUACUGGAUAGCUCUAUCAGUUCUAAACUGUUCUCCCUAGAGAUCCAGUAAGGUACAUACUUUAUUGUCCAGUGUUACUACAAGAGGAAACCUAAAGUAAUGGCUAGCUGAAUUUACUGAAAGAUAUAUAUAUCCUAUAUAUAGCAGUUCGACAAAAGUCAUCCCUUCAUUGAUCUAGCAUUAUCACAGGAGGAAAUUGGAUCACGUGAACAAUGUUUGCGGAGUUUGGUAGAGUCAAACUGGAAGCAUUCUUCUCCUUCGAAAAAUGUAAAAAUUGCAACCAGUAGGAAACAUAUUUGGAAACUGGUUAAAAAAUUGUUUUAUUUUAAAAACACAUUAACAAAAUUUUAAAAUAAAACAAUUUUUAACCAGUUUCAACCUUCCAAACUUUACUUUUAACUUCCAAAUAUUCUUAUCCUUUUCUUCUUCUUCUUUUGGAUCCGGAAUCGAAUCCCAGACUCAAAAGUGAAAGAAACUCUAUUGUGAUUCAGAAAAGCUGAAAAUUUUCAACUUUAAUUGUAUUUUCAGACUGGUAUGUCCACUUACCAAUGCAACCGACAAAUCACAGGAUAUGAGAAGUUUACCAGACAACAUUCCUCCAUUGGAAUUGGUAGAGCCGCCAGCCGUUGUCAAUCCAAGUCUACACGCGCCAACACCUUUAACGUAUUACUACGAUUAUUAUUCGUCUUUUCCCUUCCAAGUUCCGUGUUGUGCGAUUUGUAACUCGUGUUUUUAUCAAUUAAAUUCUUCGUUCGACUGUCAAGAUGCCCAUUUGAUCACGUCAGAGAAAACAUGGCCGACCAACACGCUUCCGUGUGGAUCUCCUGCGAAUCUACAGCGCUCUCGUGCAGCUUCGGCGUUAUUGGAUUUGUCUUCAGUACCGAGAAUGCCCGGAAUUUAA